AUGCCAAAUUCCAAGUCCAAAGACAAGAGCCCAACGCGGGGCAAAACGCACAGUCGACUGGUAGAUCGUUUUCGGCACAUGACACGAUUCUUCUCCAAUCCGACUCUGAGCGGACGAAAACCGUGCGAAUCCGUACCGACUCAAAUGCAGCAGUCCAUCCUAGUCAACAAUUUGUCACAACCUGACCGGGAACCGGGGGCUCAACAAAAACAACAACCAGAAUACGAACAACACGCUAAGAAGCGUCAUUCUGGUGGUCACGAGAAGUGGAAAAAACUCAGUCUGACAACUCUGAAACGAAGACACAAACAACAUCUGAGUGUACUUCCCGAAGUCCCGUUUAAGGCGGCCACCUUUUCCACAGCCCGGGCUCAGUCAGUCACCAGUUCUUCCUACUGGACUGUGUCUGAAUCAAAUGCGGAAAUACAGGUUACGGAGUUGGACGACUUUUUGCCGAUCGAUAAACUGGAUAUGCCGGUUGUUUGUUCUCAAGCCCAUUUCAUAGCACCAAGCAAUCAGGCAAUUUUUAGAUCCUCGAUCGCAUCCGUGGAGGAAUCAGUCACCACGGCCAUUAUCUGUUCCCCACCCCGGGUCGAAUCAGAACACGUGCCCAGGAGUGGUCCACUCGGUGACGGGAUUCAGGUUGACCGGUGA